AUGGCACAGGCUAAGGGCGCAGCGAAGCUCCGACAGUGGCUUUCCGACCCGGACAAGAUUGUCGUUGCCCCUGGUGUUCACGAUGGUCUUACGGCACGGAUGGCCCUGAGCGUUGGCUUUGAUGCUUUGUACAUGACCGGCGCUGGCACAGCUGUUUCGCGCCUCGGCCAACCGGACCUCGGCCUUACGAGCGUUGACGACAUGGCCACCAAUGCCGGCAUGAUCGCCGGACUGGACCGGGACGUUCCGGUCAUUGCAGACGCAGACACUGGUUUCGGCGGCCCGUUGAUGGUCGCCCGCACGACGGAAAAGUACAUCCUCCAGGGCGUCGCCGGCUUCCACCUUGAGGACCAGAUCACCACCAAGCGGUGCGGCCAUCUGCUCGGCAAGGAGCUGGUCGACGUCAACACGUACACGGCACGCAUCAAGGCCGCCGCACACGCCCGUGAGCGCAUGGGCCAGGAUAUCGUCAUCAUCGCACGGACGGACGCCCUGCAGUCCCUGGGCUACGACGAGGCCAUCCUCAGGCUCAAGGCCGCAGUUGCGGCUGGCGCCGACGUGGCCUUCUUGGAAGGUAUGGACAGCAAGGAGCAGAUGUCGAAGGUGGUGAAGGAGCUGGCCCCGACGCCGUGCUUCUUGAACAUGGUCGGAGGCGGCGUGACGCCGCUGAUCAACUCCAAGGAGGCAAAGGAGCUCGGUUUCAAGAUCGUCAUCUGGCCCAUGGUCGGCAUGACCUCGGUCUACCUGGCCACGCGGGAGUUCUGUAGGGAACUGAAGGAGACGGGCGAGAUCAAGGAUCGCCACGAUAAGGAUGGGAAGAUUGACGGCGGCGUGAGAGACGUUUUCGAAGUCUGCGGGCUGUCGAAAUGCAGCGAGUUUGACAAAGAGAUGGGUGGCUCCAGCUUUCUUAAGGGUGCUUGA